GUAUUUACAUUGUACUUUGCCUCGAUUUGGUUAACGAGACACAACUUCCGGUUAAACUUACGAUUUUGGAGCGGUGGAAAAUAAUCGUAAACAUUUGUUGCCUACAAUGUAGUAAUGAAGAGUCAACACCCAGAUGCAAUUGAACAAACCAAUAUAGAACUGAGACGUUCAUCUAGGAAUGCAGCAGGCAACAAACUUUCAAGAAGACGUAAUGCGAAGUCAAAGAGUGUCCCCGAGUCUGAAAAGACCAUAAGUUUACAAAGUCAGAGUAUAGAGAUUUUGCAUAAAACUGUUUCACCAAUAAAACACCAGUUACCAGUUAUUCUUGAAUCGCCUUCAAUAUGUCAACAACAGAGUUCAAUUGGUCAACCUGCAGCAGAAAUAGCCACCCCUAAGAGCAGCAAGACUUAUUCAUUUACGGAAAACACACCAUACAAGGAGGAUUUAUUAAUCUGUUCACAGCAUUUUGACCCACAGCAAGACGUUGGUUGGGAUUGUAGAUCACCAGAUGCUGUUAACUUUUUGAGAAAAAGCAGAAGAAGGAGACAUUAUAGUGAUGUGUCCGACAUUAUUACUCAGCUCCAUGUCAAUACAGAGGAUUUACAUGAGGAAAAACCAGGAUCCAGUACAACUCCUUUGUUGGGAUUAUGGAUAAAUGAUGGAAACUGCUUUAGUAAUAACAAUCUACCAGACCCUCAACCAAACAGAGAAAGAAGAAAGAAAAAUAAAAUCAAGUCAAAGUCUGUCAAAUCUAAGAAAGGAAAUGAUGGUGCACCUGAAGCUUUGUUAGAAAAGUUACAGCAUGUUUUGGAAAAAUGUGAAGAUAAUGAAGGAAAUGAAAAGAAGGACCGUAGGAAAAGGUCACUUUCAGUGGGUGAUGAAUCCAAGGACUUAUUUGAUGAAACAUCUGCGAACAAUAACGAUAAUGACAGUUGGAGUGAUGACGAUCUCUUCGAGGAUGAUUCAUUUAUCAUUAAAGCAACUCAAAUACAGGUUGAACCAAAAUGUCAAAAAAGGAAAAUGGAAACUCGUAAAAGUGACGAACCACCUGUUAAAUUAGUGAAAUAUGUUGAAAAUCAGAAGUCAGUUCAACCUAGUCUUCCAACUGUUAAACAUGGUCUCUCAACAGCAAGAUUAACAAGGGUUACUUCUAAAGCUUCACCCUUUAAAAAACACAAGAGUUUCAAUGACAGACAUGAAUAUCAAAAAUCACAGGAGAAAAAUUACAACUAUGCUGCACAGAGUAAAGCCAGUAGACCUUUCAAUGCUACAGCGAGUGUCUUAGCAACAAAACAAAAUAAUACAAUUGUGUCAAAACAAUUUUCAACAGUUACUUCAAAACCUCCUGUUUCUUCAGCGAAAGGAAAUAGUUCAUAUAACACUUCUCAGCAAGUUAGUAAUGUUUUAUCAAAUCCGUAUAAGGCCUCUUUUCAAGUUUCUAAUAAUGUGUGUACAUCGAACUCUAAUGUUAUAAGUGUUUGUAAAGAAAAUGUUACUGCAACGACGAAAUCUUACACAUUCUAUAAUUCUAAACCAAGUUUUACUAUGGCCAAACCUGGUACUGUCAGUCAGUGUCCAACGUCAAAACAAUCAUAUAGACUAAGCAAUCCUAACCAUGGUGUAGUGCCUUCAGUAAAAUCAACUGUCUCAAGUCAAUCCUCUGUAACUUCAACACAAAGUGCAUAUAAAAUUUCAACAUGUACAUCAUUCUCAACUAGAUCUAGUUGUGUAACCACUUCAAAGCCUAUUUCAUCUGUUGCUAACUUGUCCCAUAGGAACAUUGUAAAAACAGUCACAAGCACAGAAAUUCCUGGAAAGGUGAAGGCUGCGAGUCAUACACUUUUUAAGGAAACUGCAUGUUUACAGUCUCCAAGUUCUCGUAGAACUAGUGGAGCAUUUGACACCAGUCUUUCAGAUGAUCUUCUAUGUCAACUUGUGGAACCAGAUGAAAUUUUAGACAGUCAGGUACAAGUUUGUACAGGAAGUGACAAAACUGAUCAUGUUGAUGAUGCUUUAAGUUUUUUCCAUGAUGUUCCACAGUCAAAGUCAGGAGCUGGAACUUCAAAUUUAAACAGGCAAAAGGUUCCAAAUUCCAAAAUGAUGGCUAGUCAAGCUAAAAUAAACUACGACAACAAUCAUGCAAAUUCAAGUGCUCAAAAUCUAAUGUGUUCAAAUUUAAAAACUUCAGAGGUUAGAAAAGAAACAAGUAGUGGUGCUUAUUUAUCUAGUCAAAUUUCAAAAGAUAAUUCAAAGAAAGUUGAUCAGAAAUGUUUGAAUUCUAUUAGACCUAACCAGAAAAACUAUGUGGGGGCAUGCGUAAUAGAAGAAACAAACAGCUCAUGUGCAUUGGUCAAACAAGAGCCUAUAAUUAAUCAGGACUCAAAUGCAAGGAACUUUUCAAAAACUGUGAAUACAACAACAAAAGGCCUUACUGGUGCUGUCAAGGUCAAAGUUGAAACAAAGGACAAACAUGACAAAAGUAAUGUGGUUGUGAAAAAAGAACUUAAAGAAGAACCAGCAAAAUCAUAUCAACUCAAGUCAAGAACACCAAGGAGCAAAACGAUGGCAGUAUCAUCUGCAACAGCUUAUGCAAUGGAGAAUGCCAGUGAAGAUUUGUUCAUGUCUGAUGAUGACGAAUUGUCUGAACCACAACUUUUAGCUUUGUUAGAAAAUGUAGAAUCUACCCAGUCAUGCAGUUCAACAAUGGGUAGAGGUACAUUACCAUCACGCACAGCCAUGAGUUCUGUCAAUUUUGAUAGCCACUUAGAUGAAAAGGGAGAUAAAGAAGAAACUACAGAAAAUAAGCAAACCACUUUUCCUCAAGCAGGAAAAGACUAUAAAAGUCAGUCAAAUUUAUUUAUAAGGCCAACAGCAAAUUUACAUCACACACCAAUUGGAAAUAAUUGUCAACCUCUCAAAAGUCCAUUUAAAUGUUCACCUGAGGAUAUUGAAUGGAAACGAUUGGAGGCUAUUAAACGCAAACAACAUAAAACCAACAUCGGUGAUAAACAUGAUAAAGUUGGGACGUCUGGUAUUAUCCAUUCUCUCUCAGACUUCAGUCCUAUCAAAAGCACUCCUCCUAGAGCCGGUUCUCAGCCGAUGAAAAGUCCAUUUAAAUGUUCACCAGAGGACAUUGAAAAGAAUAGACUUGAGGCUAUUAAACGUAAACAACAAAAACCACAAACAGGAAAUAAAUUAUGUACACCUUGUAAUACUCAACUUCUUCCAGAGUUUAGUCCAAUUAAAAGCAUGCCUCCUAAAUUAGCCAGUUCACAAACAGUUGGAAGUCCAUUUCAAUGUUCUCAUGAAAACAUUGAUAAGAAACAGAUGGAAGCCGUUAAUCGCAAACAAUGGAGUUCUAACAUGCAAAAUAAAAUUAGUAGCAGUCCAACUAUUUCGGAUGAAAGUCCAUUCAAAUGCUCUCCACGGACACCAAAUAAUUCACACCUUUCUCAAAGUCCAUUUAAAUGCUCGCCAGAGGAUAUCGAAAAGAAACGAUGGGCAGCAUUAAAACGUAGACAACUUAAGUUUGAUAUCUCUGGAUGCAAUACUCCACAGGCACAGGUGGUUGAAAAAACAUCAUGCGAGAACCAAAUAAACAAACACGUCGCUUACAAAUAUGGGAAUACAUGUCCUGUGUCAGCUUCUGAAUCUAAACCAGAAAGACAUGGUAGUGAAACAAGUCCAUUGAAAUAUUCACAGGAAGACAUUAAAAAUAAGAAAGAGGAAGCAUUAAGACGAUUGCAGCAGAAAUCGGCAAAAAUUGUUAAAUCAGCAGAAAGUACUGAUGAUCAAGAAAGUUCCUCUAAACACGUUUCAAAGACUCCAACAAAAACAGCCAUAGAUAAAAGUCAUUUAAAAUGUUCACCAGAUGAUAUCGAAAAGAAGCGACUAGAAGCACUUAGACGUAAACAGCUAAAAUUACAUCAGGAAACAAACACUCAAAUAGAUAAUGAAAGUCAAUGUGAUGCAAGUCCUUUUAAAUGUUCUCCCGAAGAUAUUGAACUUAAGAAACAAAAUGCUGUAAUGCGAAAGAAGUUAAAAUUUGAUAAUAUAGAUGACAAGAAAAAUCCUGAAAAGAGUUCCGAAAUAAAGGAAACAGUUGAUAACAAAAAAAUUACUAAUAAGGCUUCCGAUUUUAACAAAAUAAGUAAUAAUACUAAUGUUUUCAAAACUGCAAGUUCUCAGAAUGCGAGUCCAGUUAAAUAUUCUCUCAAAGAGGAAAUUGAGAAAAAGAAACAACUGGCUUUACAAAGAAGACUUGAAAAGAUGAAUUCUGCUAAAAACUUAAAUUCCAGUUGAUACACAAUGUAUCUUACAGUGAUUGUAGACAUCUACAGUGCUUUCAUUUGUUCAUAAAAAUUAUACAGCAUUAAUUUUGGUGAUUUAUUGUAUUAAUGAAUUUGUUUUUGUGCAUCAUAGUUUUAAUAUAUCCAUCAGAAUGGAUGUUAUGUUAUACCAUUGUAGCUAUGCAUUUCUGUCAGAAAUGAUUUUACAUAAAACUUUUUGCUUGAAAAAUGUCAAAGUUGAAAUUUAAUUAACUUGUAUUGUGUUUUUGUUGAUGUCAUCAUUAGGAUAAAUUUGCUUAUGUUAAUAAUUUUGUAAACUGAUGUUUCUUGGUCAAACUCCCGUAGCAUAUUGUAUUAUUAAAUUGGUGCAUCUCUAUUUUUUAGGGGUUAUCCUAUACAAUUUUCAUUGCUUAGUUUUGCAAAACUUUGCAUGAAUUCUUUUCAUAAUUAGUUAAAUUUUGUUUGGAACUACCAGUUCAUAAGGGAAUGCAUUUUUACAAAUGUUGCUAAAAAAUUAACAAUAAUAUGUAUUUUUAGACAUUUUUUUGAAUAUUUGGCUGCAUGUGUAAGCCAAAAAAGUGUCCUAUGAAACUGUGUCCUCUAGAACAUUAUUUCACAGUUCAUCUGUAAAAUUUUGUUCAUGGGACAGUAUAUCACAUUUGUACACCAUAAAAUAGUGUCUCCCUUAGUGAAAAAUUGUCCCUAGUACUAGUAUUUUUUGGAUUAA